GAAAAAAGAGAGUGGAAGGGGGGCUGCAGUGUGUUUUCCAUCGAAAAUUUCAUGUUCUGUCAUAUUUGGCUGCUCCAACGCUCUCAAGCCACCUGAAUGGUGAUUUCAACAUAAUAAGUCACCUGCUGCAAAUAUGAAUAUUGAUGAUGUAUACUCACACAUUGGGCAGUUUGGACCUCAGCAAAAGAAAUACAUGGCAAUAUCUUAUGUUACACUAGGUUUUUACGCUGCUGUAGCCACAUUCAACCAGCAGUUUGCAUGCUGGGAGCCCAGCUUCCAGUGUGAGCAUGUGAACGGCUCAGUGCUGGUGGAUCAGUGCUGGGAUGGCUGUGCCGACCACUGCACCGCCAUUGUCUUCAACACUUCCUACAGCACAGUGGUCACUGAGUGGGAGCUGGUGUGUGACCGCGCCUGGCAGCCCCGCUCGGCCCAGUCGGCCUUCAUGCUCGGCCUGGUCGUCUCGGCUCUGAUGUCGGGCCCACUCUCGGACCGGUUCGGACGACUGAGGCUGGUCUGCGUCAUGUCUGCCGCCUCGCUGCUCACAGUGGGAACACAGGCGCUGGCCGGCUCCGUCGAGGUCUACAUCGUGGCCAGGCUGGUGAACGGCGCGCUGCACAUGGGCGUCGUGCUGGCCGGGUUCGUGCUGCAGCAGGAGCUGGUAGGGCCCGAGUACCGUGCCAUUACCGGCAACCUGAGCGGCUGCUUCUUCUCCGUCGGUCUGAUGGUGCUGGCAGGCCUGGCGCGCGUCUGCAGUAGCUGGCGAGUCCUCUACGGCGCCACCGUGGCGCUCGGCUGCAGCGUGCCCCUCCUCUGGCUUUACUUGCCGGAGAGUCCACGCUGGCUGCUAGUCCGCGGUCACAGGGAGCAGGCCGUGCGCGUCCUCCGAACAAUCGCCUCGGGGAACGGUCGACCGCUGACCCGUGACCUCAGUGACCUGAGGUCACCGCGCUCUGCCGAUACAGAGGAUAUCUGCACGCUGCUGCGCACGAGACGCGGCGCUCUCUGGGUCGGCAUCCAGAUGGUCGCCUGGUUCACGGUCAACCUAGGCUUCUACAGUCUGACGGCCGCCACGGGCACGGUCGGCGGAGACCGGUUCGUCAACUUCGCCAUCGCCGGGUUCGUGGACCUGCCGGCACACCUGCUGGUGUACUUCAUAUUGGACAGGUUCGGCCGCCGCCGCUGCCUCUGCGGCUUGUUCCUGGGCGGCGCUCUCGGCUGUCUGGGGGUGCUGGUGCUGCCCGCAGCGGCCGAUAGGAGCCAGCUCAGCGCACGCACCGCCUGCCUCUGGCUCGGCAAGCUGAUGAUGUCGGCCGUCUUCACCACCGUGUACGUCCACACGCUGGAGAUUUUCCCCACGUCCGUGCGUAACCGCGGCAUCAGCACCAUCAAUGCGUGGGCGCGCCUCUCCGGCCUCUUCUACCCGUUCAUGGUGACACUGGACUCUGUGAUACCGGGCCUGCAGUACGCCGUGCUCGGGGGCCUGAUGCUGCUCUCGGGCGCCCUGGCUCCACUGCUCCCGGAGACCGCCGGCCGGCCGCUGUUCGCCACGGUAGCCCAGCUGGUGGGCGCCGAGGCCGGUCCGUCUCCCCUGCACGGUCUGCUGCGGGACGAUAGUGACAGAAUAGAGUCGGUGCCGCUGACAGCCGGACUGGAGGACGGCCCGGGAGCCCGCUGGGACGGGAGGGAGGUCUGGAAGGAGCUCCAGGAGACGGAGGACUGGGAGGAGGGCUCGACAGAUGGCGUCCCAACCGCUGAUGGCAGGACUUGUGAUACGUGAUGAGGGGAAGAGAAGAAGAUACAGGGGAUAGAAAUGGAUACGUGAUGGAGGGGAGAGAAUAAGAUAUAGCGGAUAGGAAUGGAUACGUGAUGUAGCGAUAGGGGAAAUGAACGAGCAUACCUAUAGCUGGUACGAGGUGAGAGGCACUGUGAUCAUGAUGGGCUGAUUUUAGAUGAGUUUGAUGCGGCAUGGCUGUGUCAUGAAUUACUGGGUGCAUCCGUGGCUCGUGCAGAUAGGUACAACUACAUCUUGUUCUCCGUAUGUCACCGAUGCUAGCUCAGAGUAUACGGGUGGCCUCACCCCGUAGUUAUUUCCCGGGACCUUUAUUUCACGACUGUUCCUAGACGUUCCAAGGGAAACAUCGUGGACCAUACAUUCUACUAUUGUUCCUAGCUGGGCUCACAUUUUCAGACUGUUGUUAGCGGCUGUACGGCUUACUUUUUGCGGUUGUAUAUGUUUACACACGGCUACAUUUGUAUUUUGUGUAUUUUGCUCGUUUGACUCGGACGAAAACUUGAAUGAAGUAAUGGUUUUAAAGGUCAGGAAGGACCGAAGAAACUUUGGAAAGGUUUAUGGCGCAGUUGCUGCGUUAUUUUAGCUAUCGGAUUUAUUAUGAAGUUUUAUUCGUUUGAUCUGGAUCUUAUCGUGGUGCAAUUCAUUGAAUUAUGGUGGAAUCUGUGAGCGCAAUUGUCAAUCUACUGAUGAAUGUUUGUCAACAAAUGUUGCCAUCAUUUGGAUGUGCGCUCUGCUGGAGCUGUAUUUUGCGUAAUUUAUCCUGAAUGGCCAAUGCCCAAUGGGUACACGUCAAGCGUUCAUCGCUUGUGCCAAUGUUCCCGGCGUUUGGUCUGUGCCUGUGAUGUGAGGUGUACUGUUUUAUACGUGUACCGUGUGCUGGUGUAUCGUAGUGCUCACGCCGUCCCACUCUCGCCGUUAACUGUGAUCGAUGUUGCCCGUGCUCCAAUUUCGGAUGAUGCCCUUUUGACUUCGGAUGUUGCCCGUCUUCUAACUUCUGAUGAUGCCCGUCUUAUAACUUCGGUUGGUGUUCUGUGCUGUACCAUUUACUGUUGCUUUUGCGACGGGCUACUGCAGUACUCUACCGUAUGUUUUGCUGUGCUGAUUUUUUUUGCCGGACAUUGUUAAUUUUUUUGGGGGGGUGCGAGCUCGUUGGAUUUUCUGAAUUUUUUAAGGGAUUUUGUGAUCGUCUUUUACUGCUCUUUUCCGAACUUAAUGUAACUCUUUCGGACAGGUGUAUUUGUUUUUCAUUCGGUACGUUUUGCGGCUUCCCCUGAUCCAAAUGCUGAAAAUGUCAUAACAAGAUCCAAAGAUCUUUACAGCAUUGUUACAAUGGGUGUUUGUUUAUUUCAUACUACAUUUUUGAUCUGCGUACUGAAGUUAGAACAAAUAAGCUGAAAAGAAAUGUCAUUAUAUGACGGGAAGCAUAGUUCAAACUCUUCAGACUACCUCAGAGGAGCAAAUGUCAAACGUAUUUACGAAGCAUUUAUAUAUCUCUGAUCUGCUCAUAUGGUGCCAUCGCUGGUGACUGAUCUAUUGUCUACACUGUUACCGCGACCUUAUUGUGUGUGUAUGAACCAUUGUCCCUCCAACAGACGUGGUUAUCAACUCCUCUUCGGUAGUGCUUGAAAUUAAAUGUAAUGUUUCGUUAGUUGUCAUUUCAAGAUUACCCAGGUAGAGCUCCUAAUUUAUGUUUAGUGUCCUAGAUGCGACGCGUAAAACUCAUAUUUUCUCGUUCAUUGUAGUAACGCUACCAGCACCUCUCGACGUUUUUCGACGUUUACUGUGAUCACGAACUCUCGAUGGAGCUAAACCCGGCCGUGUUUUGUAAUAUAUCCUGCACUACACGUUAUUCCCAAUCGUACACUGUGAUGGUAUUCUGGCUGGUGCAGUCAUUAUUUAUGCAUCUGUAGCCAGCUGUGGCCGAUCUGUGUACGGGGAGUCCCGUUUCGUACGGGCGCGAUGCUCGUUAUACGAUAGGAAGUUGUUGAUGUGGGAGGGUGGUGGGACGCUCAGUGUUCUGUGAUGUACUGUUUGAGCUGUUGUUGACCAAUACAGUGUGCUGUGAUAUCA